ACAGCUGGCUAACGGCCGCCGAAUUACUUCUCCGUUGCGUGCGCGGAGACAUAAAGUCGGGGAAUUUGGAUUAAAUGUAUACAUAGUGCGUAUGAUAAAUGAGUCGGGCUAAGAAGGGAGAUCGCAUGACCCAGCGCACAGGCGAAUAUGCACGACGAAUAUGUCAUAGCCAUGAUUCAGAAAAUACUGCAGUUACAGCCUUCUAUCCUACAGGACUUGACAACCAGGAUCGAGGGCUAUUAUAAGUCACAGAUACCGAUGACCCUACCAAGAUUGUGAUUCCGAAAUAAAUGGCUAUUUUUCACGGUUUGACUUGGUCUGCAGCCUGACAUGUAGGAUAUAUAACAACAUUUGGCGCGGUAGUCUAAAUAAUUGAACGACCGGUCCAACAGACGUUCUUUCUGGAAACCAGACUUAACGACUACACGGACUUUCCGACCUCGCAUGAUGUCCAAGUAUUCAGUGCAUAUCUAAAAUCUAAUAGUCAAUACAGACUUAUCUAGGAAAGAACCGCAAACUCUUAUUUCAGCUUUUUAAUCUCCUCAAAAAUCAAUCACUAAGUUGGAAUAAAUCAGUCUGAAUUAGGCUUUAUAGGGUCAAUCCGAAGGCUGAUAUGAAUAUUUGAGCUAAAAUAUAUGGGCUACAGGCGGAUAACCGCGUAAUACACAUAAACUACUAGGAGGCAGACAGUAGCAUGCACACGUAUGUUCUUACGUACUGGCAGCACAGGUACUACCUAAAAGCCCAAACACGUGUCUCGCUGAUAUUCUGCCGCUGCAUGACACAUUUGUGAGGGGUUUGAGCCAUCAGUAUAAAUAAAUAAAUAAUUCUUAUUAAAGACGCGUCGGGAUCCCAUCAAAGCAUGUACCCAGCGUUCCCCGUGUGCUUUCUGGUAGAUUCUCCAGUUUCUAGCUUGCUAGUCGCCCCACAUAUUCACAGCAACUUUUGGACUCAGCCCAUAGUGUUUAAUUCCGAUUUAUUCACUCCAAGUAGAUUAAAAGGCUGAAGCUACAUAGCUGGAGUGUCUACCGGAAAGCACAAGGGGAACGUUUGGUACCCACUGAUGACCCAAACCCCUUGCAGCUCCGCCAUGCGGUGACUGACUGUCAGCGAAACACUUGCUUGGGCUUUUAGGUAGUACAUUUGAUGUCAGUACGGUAAAACCAUACAGCAGGCAUAAUCAUGUCACUAAAUUACAAUACUGAUGUACGGACACAUACUUCAUUUGAACCGAUAAAAAAGAAAAUGCUUACUUUCAUCGAGGCUAUUGUUUUCAUAGACCCAACUUUUCUAUUAGCAGGUUGACACACACUUUGAGAGCCAGAGGCCAGGGCGUGGGAGAAGUGCCACUUCCGUCAUGUACGGGACAGUUAAGUGCUUUGGUAUCAUCGUAAAGCGAUGCAGACGAAAAAAGGACAGCAAAAACCCGGCAUCCUAAUGACCCUGCGUACCAUAGAUAUUUUGGAGGGCACAAAUUAAAUCAUGAGAUUUUAUGGAAGGCACAUCGAAAACACAAAUAUGACAGCGGUAGCUUGCACAUUGCCGAGGAUGAGACUUCCAAAAUGCGAAAAAAACAGCGGGAUCGUUUAGCAGAACUGAUACAGACAAGUGUUAUUUAUCUACCUUGACGUAAUGCCACAAUCGUUACAAACAAGAGUGGAGCAGGAGCGAUCUACAGAAUAAAGAUCAAACCUUAAAGGGCGCGAUCAGAGACAUGGAUUCGAUCAUUACUAUAAUAACUGGGCGAUGUGGUCAUGACCCAUCUGCUCCCACUUUCGCUAUGCUUCGAUGACAAGAUAGGGCAAAAAGGACUAGACAUGUGCGUAUGGACAGUGACUAUGGCAGCUGGACAUCCCAUCUUAACGACCACAUUUAUAACUUCACCGGAAUCGAACCUCAAGGAAAUGGAGAUUCUUGGACCUCACCACGGUACAGUUUCACAAAGUCCACACCAGGAAGGAGUCACUAGGGUUUGACUAUUAGCCGACAGAUUCAGCAACCAGUAACAAAAUUUCUAAUGUAAAUGUUUGCUCAAAGUUUAAAGUCAAGACAGAACUGCUUAAAAAUGGUUUUCUACAUGAUGUACUACAAGUAAAUGAAAUAAUACAAUAUGGAAUAAAGUUUGAUAUGAUAGCUCAGCGAUCCAUUUUUUGUAGCAAAACUGGUUCAACUUAAGCCAGUUUCGGAAAACACAAAAACGACAUUUAUUGAAACUACCAGCUGAGAUUGAUAGAAGCGACAGGCCCUGAAGGCCCCUAUCCGGUUCUGAACGUAGAGUCUCAUAAGUUACAAAUAAAUUACCAUUUUGAGAUUUUAACAUGUGUUCUUACGAUUUCUAUACAGUUGGUAACACAGUUAAUACUAAAUUCAUGAUAAAUUCUCCCACAUUGUUGUCCCGGUAUCUGAAUAAUUUUAUACCUCAAGAUUUUCCCUGUUUGCUUCUUCGCUGUCAUCCAGUUUUCGAGUAUUAUAACAGUCGACUUCCGACAGAACUAAGAUCGCUAACUGGUCAGCAGACUGGAAUUUUCUCCCGAUGCCUGGGCACAACUGCUGACGCGUCAGCAGAAAAACCAAUUGGUUUUCCAGAUUUCGUCCACGUGAAAGUAUCAUGAUAUACAUAUAUUUGCAUCUUUUAACGACCAAGGAAGUUCUUCGGACUUAAGAGCGCAUUUGACACCACUAACAAACGUUAUUCGCGGUAGAUUACAAUAAAGCCAAGCGUUUUACCCCUGUUUCUUUUCAAAUAAUCUUCGACCAUCCGUCAUGUUUUACCAUGCUAGGUAAACCUAACCACCAGUGAUAAUUUUUCUACGAAAAGAAUGAAGAAGAAGGGGGUGACUACUGGGAAGAUUGUGAUACAGAAAAGUUUUCGAACAGAAAGUAUGGCAAUUCAGUGUCGGAGACUAGAGAGUCAUGCGUGUAAAUUGCUUUAUAAAGCCUGUGGGUGUAAGAAAUACCGAGAUCGUCGCGCUUACUACCUGAACCUGUGUAGGCUGCAUGUUGAUGGUUUAGAUUUUGGUGAAUCCAACGGUCUCCAUCCUGGUACGGCUGGUGCGUCUCGUAGCUUCUUAUGCAGCAGCGAGUAUAGGCCGUGCAGGGGUCAAAUACCGCUUCCAGAUCUGGCCGGCGACUCUGGGAGAUGCCUUAUGAAUGAAUACCACAGGAUACACAGUCCGCACAUGUGACGAAAUCCAAAGUGCUCAGUCUUCUCGAUGAUGCAUGCAUUCGCUAGCUCUCUCAACUAAGAGAUAGUGAUUUGCAAUACCGAGUUAAUGCCUUCUCAACUUUCUUUCCAUAAAACUCUUGAAUCAUCAUUAAGAACCGAAACAACGCUUUUUCCGAUAUAAGCAGGGGGCGAGCGGCAGAAAUUAUAGAAAAGGAUAUAAAAACGGUAAGCAGGAGGAAUAAGGGGGAAAGAGAGGAAGUAGUUGUUGAUGCAGACGACAAUGAUGAUGAUGAUGAUGAUGAUGAUGAUGAUGAUGAUGAUGAUGAUGAUGAUGAUGAUGAUGAUGAUGAUGAUGAUGAUGAUGAUGAUGAUGAUGAUGAUGAUGAUGAUGAUGAUGAUGAUGAUGAUGAUGAUGAUGCGGACCUCGAGUUCUUGGUCAGAAUGGUUCGAAAUAGACUGCAGAUGUACUAUCUCAGGAAAUGUUGA